UAAAAACUGAGGUUGGAGAAAUAGUGAUGACUGAUUUUUCUCCAACGAAUAUAAUGCUCUACUCAAUAAAUGGUUGUCAAUCUUUGACGUUGAGGACUAUGAGGAACAAAUGGACCACCAUAAGAACAUUUCCUACAUGAAUUGAGACUAGGCGAUUGUCCAAUCCAAGGCUGAGCCAUCGGUAUGUUAUGGCGCAAAAUCUAGGCGAUGCGUUACGAUAACAAAAUGUUCUGUAAGACUUGUUAUCGAUGAACUCCUUAUAUUUAUAUUGGCAACUUGGAUUGUAAUAAUGGCUUAUCCCAUGUAAAACUACAUUCUGAAUAUGUUCUGGAAUCGUUUAAGAAAAACUAAUAAACUAAUAGAACAUGUUGUCAUUUUCCAUAUGGAUAGUACAAACGGUGAUCCUGUAGUUGAAUAUGUCUGUCCAUCUGUUAACAAUGAAAAUUCCCACUUUCAUAAAUUGCGAAAUUUUGUUCUUCCAUGUAGACAUAAAAGUCUUAUUUCGGAAGAGUAUACACUUAUAUUCACGGAUAGCGAUGGAACUGUAGAAUUUUUUGCUUGUAUUACUUUACCUAUUUCCGGAUAUAUUGUGUGCGUUAGUAGUUAUUUUCCUUACUUUGAACUUUUGCACUCAAUCAUAACUCUGAUUAAUCAAGAGCAUUUAUACAGAGAAGAAAACCGACGUAAUAUUGAAGUAAUUCUAAGGGAAUUGCAUUAUCAUUCUGGUGUUGCUACACUUAACAUUUCAUCCCCUCCAAAUUCUACGAAGUUAAGUAUACAACUCCCGGAAGCACAGUUUCAGUUUGUUUAUCAUAGACAUAUUUUAGAGUAUUAUAAUACAUUGUCUAUCGGCAAUUGGAUUGUAAUAUUUGAAAGCCUAAUUUUGGAGAAAAGUGUAAUAUUCUACUCAAGUCGUUUGCAGCGUAUUACUUCAUGUCUUCUGGCCAGUUUAAGUUUGUUGUACCCACUUAUAUGGCCCCAUUUAAUCUAUUCUCUGUUACCUUCCAAUUGUAUUGAAUAUGUUGGCUGUCCGACCCCAUUUGUCGCUGGUGUCCACUCAUGUUUAAUAGAGAAGAUGAAACCACUGUUAAUUCCUGGAGUUCGGCUUGUGGAUUUGGAUCAUGAUGUGGUAUAUGGAACAGGAGAUGUAGGAAUAACCAUGCCGUCUGUUUUACGUCAUUGGUUGAUUAAACGGUGUAAUGCAUCACAUAGUGCAAUUUUACGGCAUAUACGCUCAACAGAAAAUGUUGCUUCAACUGCUGCCUUACUUCUAGCUCGACCAUACUUAGAACUGAUGGCUAUUCUUCUUGGCCGUUAUCGAUCAGCACUGCAACAUAAUGAAGUUUCUACAUCUGUCGAUCUUUUACCAAUACAAUCACCAAAUGACGAAAGUCGAUCACAAGAUAAAUUUGAUCAACCUCGUAUAGGUGGAUGGUUUUUCAACCGUGCUGUAUUUGUUACUUCUUGUGGUCAUGAAUUACAGCCGUAUCUUACAGAACUUUUAAAUUCUCAAAUGGUGAUACAAUUUUUUGAAUCACGUGUAGCAGUUUUGAAUUCAGAUAUGGCGUUUAUUCCACCAGAUGAUUUUGAAGAUAUUAUCGACCAUGUUUCCAUCCCGAAACGUUCUGGUGGAUUAAAUGAUCUACUGAAUUUUGGUCGAACUGAAUUUGAUAAAAUAACUCGAAAACUGACGCGGAAAUCCGAAAAACUUUCACAGAAAUUAGUCACUCGUCCUAAUAAUCUUUAUCAAACGUUUAAAUUGAAUGGUCCUACAAUGGAGAAACGAGAUUUCAGUAAUUCUGUUACAUCAAAAAUUCAAAGUAAAAAGAUACCUAUCCCGUCUCUUCCCACUCGACCAUCAGAACAAGACAUUUGUGAGAUAUUAAGGAAACAAUUGGAAUUUAAAAAAGAUAAUAGAAAUUUAUCUUUACCCAGUCAUUAUCCGGAAAACAAUGAUAUAAACAAGUUUCCAUCUUGUGAUAAUCCCACAUGGCAACCUUUAUCACCAAAAAUCGAUCAUGAAUUACGUAAUUCAGAGCGAACAAAUCGUAGUCUACUCACUAGUAUUUUGUCAGAACUACCUGACUUUACAGCUGAUUUUUAUCCUUCAACAACUAGUCGAGUUAAUGAUUCUCAAGUGUCGCUUAGAAAUCGUUCUCAAGAUACGAAGUUUAAACCAACUAAUCGUCGUUGUAGUUCAUCAAAGCGUAUGGGUUGUUACGUAGAGUCUCCUGAAAAAGCUUUUCAUAAUUGGAUUUCAUUCGAUUCUAGCCCACCUACAUGUUCUUCUGAAGAUCUUAUUAAUUUCACUGGUUCCUCUUCCAAAUCACCCAAUACAUUUUAUCCGUUUUCAUAUGAUUCAAUUUCCAAAUCUUUAUCAACUAUCACAAAACCAGUUGAAUGUGAUCAUGGUGACUUAGAACAAUCAAUUCUUGAUGAAUUCGAUCAAUUAUCUGCAUCUCGAAUAAGAAAAACAUAAUGAUAACAAUUAUAAUUAUCACUUUUAUAUUAUGUAUAUGUCGUUAUUUAUGAUUAACUAUUUUUAGUAUAUAUAUAUAUAUAUUCACGUUAAGAAUCUCUGUAAUCGUCAAUCUGAGAUCUCAAUUCAUGAUAAAAUUUCAUUCCAUUUUCUUAGAAUCUAAUAAAGAUUUCUUGACUUUUUUUUAUUACAAUCGGGAUAAUCUUUUUUUUCAAAUUUUACAUUAUUCCUUUGUCAAAAAAAUUCACCCAAGUCUUUAAAUUCUUUAUAUUUCAAAAAAAAAGUUGAUUUUU